AUGAUUCCUAAAGGAGCCAAUGGAAUGAUAGAUCUUGUCCUCGGACCUAUGUUUGCUGGUAAAAGUACAGAACUACUGAGAAGGAUCAAGAGGUACAGAGUUGCAUCCAAGAAGUGUCUUGUCAUCAAGUACGCUAAUGAUGACAGGUACUCAGACAAGUGCGUUUCUACCCAUGAUAAGCAAAUGAUUGAGGCGGUAUCAUGCACAGACCUCUUAGAAGUCAAGGAAAAGGCGGAAGAAUUCGAAAUAAUCGGUAUUGAUGAAGGACAGUUCUUUGAGAACCUCGUACCUUUCUGUGAAGAAAUGGCCAACACUGGAAAGUGCGUCAUCGUUGCUGCCUUAGAUGGCACAUUUGAGAGAAAGCCAUUUGGGUCAGUACUCGAACUUAUCCCGCUCUCGGAAAGCGUAACUAAGCUAGAUGCAGUAUGUGUUGAUUGAAAGCACUCAGCUUCAUUCACAAAGAGACUUGUUGACUCUAAAGAGACUGAGCUCAUUGGAGGAGCAGAGCUUUACAAACCAGUAUGUAGAGCUUGCUUCUCCGCAGGGGAAAAUACUAAAGAGAUGGUCUUCAAAUCCUCAGACUCAAAAGAGAACUUUAAUUCCGAUGAUAUUAAAUGUGAAGCAUCAGAUGGCUCUAAACUCGAAAAGAUUUCUGUGCUGACUUCGAUUCAGAUUUCCUCAAAUGAGAACACAGAUGCUAACUUGCCUCUGACAGAUGUGUCCUAA